AUGGAUAUAUCUGGUCCAGAAGUGUGGUAUAAUAAUUUACCGAACGUAACAAAAUAUGUGAUAACAUUAAUUUUUUUAGUUACCUUAUUGAUAACGUGUAAUUUAUUGAACGUUGUAUAUAUACUAUUAGAUUGGAAUUUAAUAUAUUAUAAAUAUCAUAUAUGGAGAAUUUUUCUGAACUUUUUAUAUGUUGGUAAAUUUUCCCUUUCAUGGGUAUUCUUUAUGUCUUUAUUUGCUCAAUUCUCAUCAUCUUUAGAAAAAAAUGCAAUUUUCACAUCACCUGGAUCUUAUUUAUAUUUCAUUACCAUUCAAUGUACCUUUUUAUCUCUUAUAAGUAUUUUGUUUUAUUGGCCACGAGGUUAUCCCUUUUUAGGAAAUUCUCUCCUCUUUGCAAUAAUAUACUAUUGGUCAAGAAGAGAAGCAUGGAGCCAUGUUUCCAUUUAUUUCUUUACUGUUAAGGGAUAUCAAUUACCCUUUGCUUUAAUUUUCUUACAUUUAAUUAUGGGUCAAUCUUUGUGGGUUGAUAUUAUGGGGUUGUUAUCAGGACAUGUCUACUACUUUUUUAGAGAAAUUUUACCAAGAGAAGGUGGUCCCAAUCUUUUAGAUAAAACACCCAAAAUUUUUGAUAAGAUAAUGCUAAAAUUGCAAGAAUUUCGUUUAAAUAAUGGAAUAAGGAACAAUUUCCAAAGAUAUGGAUAUACGAAUAUAAAUAAUUCAAGGAGUACAAAUAAUAAUAAUGGAACAAAUAGAAGAGUUUUUAUUGGAAGGGGUGUAAGACUAGGUGAUAGUUAA